GGCAUCUAAGUCAGUUUCACUGCACUUUCCAUUACUGAACUGAACUGCUGAAAAUAGAGUUGUUCAGCCCUGUUUCUCCCUCUUGUACAGCUUUUCUAAACAUGGCAGGUGUUGAAGAACUUUACAAGCAGUUUGGAAUCCUUGCAGAUGCGAACGAGAAAGCAGGAGAGCAAGAGGGUGCGUUUUUGUUGAUUUUGGCUGCUGUAAAGGGAUCACAGGCUGAAAAACGACUGGCAUCACAGUUUAUAACAAGGUUCUUCAAGUUCUUCCCCAAGUUACAAGAAAAUGCUAUUGAUGCCAUGUUAGACUUAUGUGAAGAUGAAGAUAACAUGAUUAGACGACAAGCCAUAAAAGGCUUACCAGAUCUCUGUAAGGACACACCAGAACAUCUACCAAGAAUUGCUGAUGUACUCACACAACUGUUACAAUCAGAGGAUCCUACUGAAUUAACAAUUGUCAGAAAUGCACUCACAUCACUGUUUAAAAUGGAGCCAAAAGGAACUAUUGGAGGACUAUUUUCACAAAUUCUGAGUGGAGAAGAAGUUUCCAGAGAAAGUGCUAUCAAGUUUUUAAGUGGUGCUGUGGAAGAAUAUGGCAAGAAGGUAUUACAUCCGUCACCUGAAACAGAAGAAUAUCUUGUUGAAGAAAUUAAAAAGGCCAUGGCAGAUGUUACUGGAGAAGAGUUUCGUACAUUCAUGACCAUUCUGUCAUCACUAAAAGUCAUGGCUAGCGCUCACCAAGAACUUGCAGACAUAGUGGCAGAACAAGCAGAGCUAAACCAGGCAUUCCAGCCCAGUGAUGCUGAUGUGAUUGAUAGAUUCAUUUCAUGUGCCAGACAAGCCAUCCCAUAUUUUGUGAAAGGAGCAUCUGCCCAAGCUUUCUUUGCCUACAUAGUAGAGAGUAUUCUACCAAAGCUGAAUGAGCUGGCUGCAUCAGAUGGUGAAGAUGUCAAGCUAGAGAUGUUGAAAUUAUGUGCUGAAAUGUCACCUCAUGGUCUGACUGAUGAAAAUGUCAAGACAGCUAUAGAACCUAUCUACAACUUACUUUUGGAAUACAUGCCGUUGCCUCCAGGUGAAGAAGAGGAGAAAAGUACUGAAGAAAACUCUGAACCAAAGCUUCAGUUUUCCUACGUAGAGUGUCUUAUUCUUGCAUUUCACCAACUAGCAAAAAAGAACCCAGAGUUUUUAACAGAUGCAAGUGCAGCAGAACGUCUAAAAGAUUUCAGACUAAGGCUUCAAUACUUUGCUCAAGGUUGUCAAGUGUACAUAAAACAGCUGAGAUUGUCUCUACAAGGCAAGACAGGCCCUGCCCUUCAGGAAGAGGAAAAUAAAAUUAAAAUUGUAGCCCUCAGGACGACUUCAAAUAUAAAUGCCGUCAUCAAGGACUUGUUUCAUAAUCCACCUUCCUUUAAGUGUUCUGUUACGUUAUCGUGGAAACCUCCGGGGAAGACACAAACAUCAAUUCCAACAUCCCCUGAAGAGGAGAAAAAUACGCUGGUAGAUGAAAAGCGAAAACGCGCCGGUAUCACGCCGAUUAAAUUCGACCUUCCACCCGAGACGAAAUCACCCAAAAAGCCCAAGGGGAGCACAGUCACAGUAUACACCCCUCCUGGCCGGCGUGCUGGAGCCUCCAAUGGCGUCGUCAAGGGACAAACCAUGCCUGACGGGAGCCGAGGACGGGGAUUCCGACAGGGAGGGCGCAGCCGAGGGCGCGGUCGGGGCUGGAGAGGAGGCAGAUUUUAGAUCGUUGAUACUCCACCGUUCCAUACACGUGGAAGUGCAGAAUUGUUUUAAUCAAGUUGUGAACUUUGUACAGUUGUCUUCAUUACAGCUAUAAGUUAGGACUGGGUUAUUUAUGGAGAAGACCACAAUUUGAUUUAGUGCACCUUGUGUUUCAAAAGCUUCUUUUAACUCUCUCUUCAUGCGCCGUCAAGCAGACGCUAGUUUUCUUCUAGAAGUUGUUUAACAGUGUUUUUUUUUUUAAAAAAUUGGAAAUUUUUGAACAGCAAUUAAGUACAGAGUAAGUUAUUCUAUAGAUUCCUCCAGAAACCUAGUGGCGCAUGUACUCCUGGGAUUGUGCUCAGACCGGGCGUCAGAACACGAUUUUGAUUUGAUCAGUGUGCACCACAAUAGAGAUCACUUUUUUUUUUUGAUAGUCAAUAGUCAAACCAGAAGGAAAUAACAUGCUGAUGUUGACGCCUUUUCUAAACGUUCCAAUAUAACCUAGCAUGCAAUGCUAGAGUCCAAUCUCCCAAGUGCUUCUGAAGUUGAAAGUGACUUAUAAUUUGGUUUGAAAAAUUAGACAAGGAACAAGCAUGUAUACAUCGGUCUGCUCACAAUUGUACUUGACUGUGGGCUAAUUUCGAUUAUGCCGACCUUUUUUAUGACUGUAUAAUAAAUGGCUGUUAUGUUUCUUUUAU